GAACCCGGAAGUGGCAGCAGCCCUUGGAGCAGGCAGGGCUGCAGCAGCAGCAGCUGGUGAGCUCCAGGCAAGUUCAGGAUGAUCGCAGGCCUCAGUCCGGUGGUCCAGGCGCUGCUAGGAACCUUCUUGACUUGGGGGCUGACGGCAGCGGGUUCAGCACUCGUCUUCGUGUUUUCCAGCGGCCAGAGGCGGAUCCUAGAUGGCAGCCUGGGCUUUGCGGCAGGGGUCAUGCUUGCUGCAUCUUACUGGUCGCUCCUGGCGCCUGCCAUCGAAAUGGUCGAGGAAGCUGGGAAUUUCGGGGCGUUCGCUUUCAUCCCCGUGGCCUUGGGCUUCACCCUGGGAGCAGCUUUCGUCUACUUUGCUGACCUUCUCCUCCCCAUGCUGGGUGUCAACGGACCUCCCACCACGGCCUUGGCGGUGAGCUACGAUGCAGGAGCGGUGAAAGAGAAGUACGACCGCGAGCCGACUCCUCGCCGGGACUAUGAGAACGAGCUGUCCAUCCGGAUAGGUAGAACUGGGCUUCAUUCAGACAAAGGUGAGAACGGGGAGCCCUACCAGAGGAGGAAAGGAGGGGGAUCUGUCCAGCCCGAAGAGCCGGCCGCUUUCCUGACUUCCAGAGAUGCUGUGCCGACGCCGGGAUGCAGCAGUUGGAGGCGGAUUAUGCUGCUGAUCCUGGCGAUAACGAUACACAAUAUUCCUGAGGGACUGGCUGUUGGCGUUGGAUUUGGGGCCAUCGGGAAGUCGGCAUCUGCCACCUUCGAAAGUGCCAGAAACUUAGCCAUUGGGAUCGGAAUCCAGAAUUUCCCAGAAGGCCUUGCUGUCAGUCUCCCAUUGCGUGGCGCUGGCUUUUCCACCUGGAAAGCGUUUUGGACUGGACAUUUGCCUGAUUUCCACCUUUGAGAAAAGGAAACAUGCUCUUCUGCCCUUCCAAAGCAGCCCCAUCCUGGCUGGCUUGAAUUGUGGUCUUGGAGAACAGUGGUCUUGGGCAUGGGAAGGGAACCUUGACCUGUAUGAACCAAAGAGGGAUGAGCAAGACUGAGAGCGAGCACACGAGUGCGGUGCUUUAUCUAGAAAUGCAAACCUGUAGAGCUCUGGGUUCACAGAUGUUACCUUUUAUUAGACCAACUAAUGAAUGCAUGAUUAAAAUUUAGUAGACCAACUAAUACAUUUAUUAGACCAACUAAUAAACUAAUAAAAGGCAUCAUCUCUGAACCAAGAGUUCUAGAGGUUUGCAUUUCUUUUCGUCGCAGACCAACACGGCUCUCAAAUACAUCCCUGAAACAUGGAAGGUGUCUAUCUAGAGCAUCCCCUGCCUCUCGGUUCUCCCCUGCACAGAUCAGAGCCCCUGGUCUCUGCUGUCCUGCAUCCCAUUUCGAGGGCUGUCCUAAGAGCAGCAGGAGAAGCUGGGGGCAGGGAGCUCUCUCCGAUGGAGAACAUCCCUGCGGUUCACACCAGCUCAUUUUGUUGGCUAUUUAGCACUUGCGGUUAACUCACAAGGCUUAAAAACAGCUUUUUUCUCACUUGGCUCUGGGCUGGAUUUCAAACCCACGUCUCUUCCUGAGGCGAAAGAGCCAAGGGUGUGAACUCUGGGAGCAUGAGGCCGCGGCGCUGCUGGCACCUGUGUGCUAAGUGCCAUGAUGGAGAGGAGGUUACGGGGAAGACGGGUGGGGAAUUUCUCCCCCUCCCAUAAUUAAAUGAAUGCAUCUUGCUGCACUGCUCACCUGAGACAGACACUAAGGAGAGGGGUGGUAAGCUGGAGGGUUAUAACAGCAUGCACGACCCCGAUGUUUGAAAGGGUCUGCAAGCCAGAGGAGGAGGGAGAGGGGUUUUGUUCAGGCCCGCCUGCAGCCGGCUCUGAUCUGUCAGGUGCUGCCUGGUGCUGUCUGGUACAGAGGACAGGUGCUUGCACACUUGGGUCCGUGUCCUUGGAGGCUUGUGUCUUGUGUCAUGCUGCACCAUGGCAAGGUGAUGUUGCCCGGAAGAUGCAAUGCCAGUUAGGCCCAGGGAAGCUUUCCCGCUCCCCACCUCGGGGGCUGGGCUUCACAGCAUCCUACAGGUCCCCCCUUGGAGGAGGCAUGGGAGAGAGAGAGACUUCCAGAUCUCUUUGGAGAUGCCUGGUGUGCGCUCAGCACAUAGGGAGGAAUCCAGGCCAGAGCCCCUGCCUCAGCUCCGACUCUGUUUGCUGUUCCUGUGCAUUUUUACACUUGAAUUUCCAAUCUUUCCAUUGCUCUGCAGGGGGUCCGGUCUGCCCUGUCUCAGGUCCUAGAGACACCAACUGCACCUUGUGUGACCAGUUUGCGUGUUUUAUCUGACACUGAACAUGUCUGUUCGCGCUGCUGCUCUUGUUGCCUGUGUUUGUGCAUCCACGUCGCUCCCAGUGCAUUCUGGCAGCGGUUCCCCAGUGUUGUGCCACGAGAUAUUGCACCCAAAGGAUGGCAACCUAAUGUGGCAUUGGGUAACAUAUGCUGGGUGUCUUGCCAUGCAGGGAGCUGGGAGGAAGGCGUGUUGGUGAAAUCGGUUAGAUGGGAGUGGGGGGCUAUGAAAUGAGGGUGUAGGACCAGUUAGAGAAGGGGGUGUAGGACCAGUUAGAGAGAGCAAAGGCAGCCCUUAGUAGGAUAGACACUGGCCUUCAGACCACCAGCCGGGGACAGAGUUGGCCAAAUGCGGUCGCACAGAUAGAGACCUGAGAGGCAACCCUGGUUCUCCCCAGACUCAUUGAACAGCUUUAGAGCCACAUGUCUGGAUCACAGGGCCUCAAGCCUCAUAAUGUGGGGAAGAAUAGGGUCCCUGGUAGGUUGCUUGACUGUACGUGGAGCCUCAGGUCCCCAGCAUUGCCUACAAUGUCCUGCGUCU